AGUGAUGCUGUAGCCACCGCAGGCAAAUGCAUCCUGAAAUUGAUUCUGAGCAGUUCUGACUGGUGAGAGCUGCCACGGACGGGUUAGAGCUGGUCCAGGUCCUGCCAUGCCCGUCCCACUGCUCCCGUUGGUGCUUCGAUCGCUGCUCUCGCGCCUGCUGCUGCCUGUUGCCCGCCUGGCCCGCCAGCACCUCCUACCCUUGCUGCGCCGGCUGGCCCGCCGACUGAGCUCCCAAGACAUGAGAGAAGCUUUGCUAAGCUGUCUGCUGUUUGUCCUCAGCCAGCAACAGCCACCGGAUUCUGGAGAGGCCUCCAGAGUGGACCACUCCCAGAGGAAGGAGAGAUUGGGCCCCCAGAAGUGAGGCUUUGGGUCCUGGAAACAGCAAAAGUCCAUCGAAGUACUGUUGGAGCUGGUUAGUCCAGGCAUCAGCACGGACUGCAGAAUGCCCAGUGGGCGAAGACAGGGCUGAAUGCAGGAGGGUUCUGACCCGAACAGCUCCCAGUCCCCUAGCACCUAGCAGACUACAGAGUGUUGAUUGCCCUUCCUCCUGGGGCAGCUCCUUCUGCCUUAUCUCUGGCCUCCAGGGUGGGCCUGCAAAUGGAGUAUCAAGGUCAGUUAAAGUCGAUUCAAGACUGUUUAGCUAAGAGGUGGUAUUUAAACCCAACCUGUCCAGUCUACCUUAAAAGAAUAUCUUGCUUCCCUUUAGAGACCGAGUACUUUCAAAGCUUAGUAUGCAGCAAGUUAGUCAAUAAAUGACAGUGUGUUGUUAUUGG